CGGAAUCAGCUGAUCAUUUUACCAGAUAUGGGGUUAAAAAUACUUAAUAAUUUAUUACGGCAAAACUAGUGAAUGUGGACUAUUGGUUUCUAACUUAAUUCUGUAGAGACUUAUUCCCACUAUACGCUGAUAUUUUCUGCACCGAUCUACGUUUGAUCAUUAUGAUAUGUUAUUCAGGACAAUUUUAUCUAUCGAAUGGGUAUUUUUUCAUCCGCGCUGAAUUAAAAAAGCACCUAAAUGCCAAUUUGACUACACUAUUUACCAGAUCUCUAAAAUGUUGCACUUGUCUAUCAACGAUUUUUCGUUGAAAAAUAUUACUUGGAAGGUUAUGUAUCGAAAUUGACUUUUUACAAUUUCCAUUAAUCAUGGCUGAUGCAGCAGCCAGACGUGAAGCGAGGAAAAGAAGAAUACUGGAAAAUUCAGAGGAACGUUUGCAGAAAAUCACUGGACAAACAAGUGCUGAUAAGUUUCCAGAAGAUGCUUCGAAGCCUCUGCAAAAGUCAUCGCCACCAUCAACAUUCAAGGAAGCGAUCCCAAAUGAGUCUGUCAUUGACUCCUGGAACAUUCACUCCGAAUUCCAGGAUGAGUUCCCCUCUACAUCACAACAAGAUCUUUUUACUACGAACCCGUUGAGUCCCCCUAACGUUCCUCGAAGAAGGAAUCUAGGAUACACUCCCAAUGGAGACCCCCAAGGCCAGGCACACAAGGAUGAUUUUAUACCAGAUCACCAAAAUUCAUUUUUCUCAUGUGCAGAAAAUCCUUCAAUGGAAGCUGAAAAAUGGAAGGAUUCCAACUUGAUUUCAUUCCUCGCGAGUCGAUGGGUUUACGUUGCCCUUGCUGUUGUUGUGAAUAUCAUGAUUGUGUUGAGAACAGAACAUCUAUUUGGAACGAGUAUAAUAGUGCCAUUCUUGGUGAUCCUAAUCACCCGUAUGUUCUUCUGCCCCAAUCCCCUGCAGUCUCAGAAUGGAAGUAUGCUGUUUGCAGCCUUAAUCCUAUGCAACAUCAGGCCGGAGAUAAUCCACCGACUGAAAACAUCGUCCAGGCUAUGCUUUGUAGUCCUCAAGGAAUUCUCCUUCUAUCUAUUUAGCUUUGUGAUAAUUUAUUACUUUUGCACGUCCUACUGGCACGAUUUCGCGGAUCUAGCACCCAACAAAAUCGAAAUAAUUGUCGACCACCAAACAGAUGCUUGAAAUGUUUUUUUACUCAAUUCUAACGGAAUUCUUGAUGGAUUUCAAUCAAUAUAUCAAGUUUUCUCAAUCCUCGAUAUUCUGAGCUAAGUCACAAUGCCACUGAUAUGAGCCUUGCACAAUUCACAGUUGUAAAUAAAUCGAUUAUGUGAAUGAAUAAUGACAUUUUUUUCCGCGGAAAUGUGAUGAAAUUCAUGGUCAAUUGAUAAAACGUCAUAAGUAAAGAAUUAUAUUUUUCUCAUAUGUUAUGAUCUCAGAAACGAAUGGUUUUAAGGAAAAAUGUGGAGAGACAUUUUCCUAUGAUAAGUAAAUUUCCUAAAAGAAAAUGUUUUGACAGUGUUUUCUAAAAACACUCAUUUCUUCGAUUUUUCAUUCGAGAUUUUUCUUUAGGAAAAAGGUCAAAUCUUUCGUAUUCGGCAUUCUAUCAGUUACAAGAAAUGUCUCUUGACACUUUUUCCUUAACUCAACUCUUUUGUGAAGUCUAUGCCGGAGGAGACGUACAAAAUCGACUCGUCACAUUUGAUCAUUUUUUCCUGAGAUAUGAUUGAACUACCUCUACCAGGCGAUUGAAUAAAUUUGAGAAUGCUUUGUUUAGAUAUAAAAGUAUUCGUAUUCACUGUGUUUGAUAUCUCCAAGCUUCAUUACACUUCAUGAGAAACAAUAUUCUAACGGUUCAAAAAUAAUUGUAAAAAAAUGAUGAAUUAUGCGACCUAUGGAGGCAUUCAUCUGCAUCUGUUUAAAUUAAUUUUUUGAAUGCAGUUAUAACUUCUUAUUCGACAUA